AUGGAUCUUUUGGAAUUAUUACGCAAGCGUGGUAUGGACGGAGACGUGGACUUGCUGCGGGAAGCACUGCGGGUCCUGGUGGACGGCAUCAUGGACGCCGAGGUUUCCGCCCAGAUCGGCGCUCAGCACGGCGAACGCAGCCCAGAGCGGGUCACCUACCGCAACGGCUACCGCAACCGCACCUGGGAUACCCGGGUGGGCACCAUGGAGUUGCACAUUCCCAAGCUGCGGGAAGGCAGCUACUUCCCCAGCCUGCUGGAACCACGGCGGCGCAGCGAGAAGGCUCUGCUGUCGGUGAUCCAGCAGGCCUACGUGGAGGGAGUCUCCACCCGAAGGGUGGACGACCUGAUCAAGGCCCUGGGUUGCGACGGCAUCUCCAGCAGCCAGGUGUCGCGCAUCUGCGAGCAACUGGAUGAAGUAGUGGACAGUUUCCUGGGUCGGCCUCUGGACGGUGGUCCCUACCCCUACGUCUGGCUGGACGGCCUGACCCAGAAGGUGCGUGAGGGCGGCCGCAUCGUGAACGUCUGCGUGGUGGUGGCGACGGGGGUCAAUGCCGAAGGGCAGCGUGAGAUCCUGGGUAUGGACGUGGGCGCCAGCGAGGACGGCGCGUUCUGGCUGGCCUUCCUGCGGUCGCUGACCGCUCGGGGCCUCAGCGGGGUGGAACUGGUGACCUCCGAUGCCCACCAGGGGCUGAAGAACGCCAUCGCCGCAGUCUUUGCUGGAGCCAGCUGGCAGCGCUGCCGCACCCACUUCAUGGCCAACCUGCUCACCCGCGUGCCCAAGCGUGCCCAACCUGGCGUGGCCACCCAGGACCUUCUCGCAUGGUACGCACCAUCUACCAGCAACUGUCUCCCGCCGAGGUCCACGGCCAAUUGGACCGAGUGGUGGAACAACUCCGGGAGCCCUUUCCCCAGGUGGCCGAACUGCUGGCGGACGCCGCGCCGGACAUCCUGGCCUUCACGGCCUUCCCAGUGGCCCACUGGCAGAAGCUGUGGUCCAACAACCCGCAGGAACGGCUGA